AUGUCAUCCGAUGAUAAAAUCGAGAUCGAGCCGCAUGUGCUGGAGUACAUGAAGCAGGUUGAACAGGGCCUCUCUCCUCGUGCUUCGUUAGCCGAGAAGCCCCUCGAUGCACAGAAGCGUCUCAGCCCUGUGCUGUUGUGGAGUAAGCGCAGGCGGUCGGACCCUUCGCACAGGGACUCCGAUCCAGGAAAGCCCAUCCUGAAGAACUCGGAACACGAUUUCGAUAGGACACUGUCGCCAGAUUGGCCGCUACCGCGCGCGAGUAUUCGUCGGGGGAAUAAUGUUCCUUUGGAUUUCACAACAAGAAAAGAGCCUCCGACUGUUGAUCAGUCUACUAAUGGCCAGUCAGGGUCGAAUUACACUUUGGACAUGGACAUAGGAAAUGACCUCUUCUAUACUCCGAAGGGUAUACUCUCAGAAAAGGACUAUGACACCGAUGACGGUCCCACAGUGGAGGAGUACGGUAUGGCCUACAGUGGGCAUAUGGACGACUUUUAUGCGGAUCCUCGAACGCCCCUCCCAACGCCAAAGUUGCGCACGUCGUUCAAACAAGAUGUUCCUUACCAGGGCUACCCGAUGACACCGCAAAACACGACACGUGUCAAACGUCGUCCUCCUCCACUUGUAGACGAACUCGAUAUCCAGCAGAACCGCCCUGCCUUCCCCAGCCGUCAGUUCUCUGCACCAGCUGUUACGCCCUCGCCGAGUGAAUUCCCACUUCCGCCGUCCAUUCUUGCAACUGGAGGAUCAGCAGGCAACUAUGCGAAUCGUGGGCAAACAUUUGGAACGACGUCCACCGGGUUGUUUGAUCCCACCGAACAACAACGCCGAGUACCUUCCUGGCGCCCAUCUUUCCCUUCGUGGGGUCGUCGCUCUAGCGAGAAAGUUCAACGCCCAGAAACAGGUCGAACAGCAUCCAAACGCAAGAGUAACUCUGGCAUCGAACCAGAUCCAAAGCGACGCAAAGUGCACUUUGUACUUCCUCCAGGUCAUCAGGAACAUCCACCUAUGAGACGUCGGCCCACGCCUUAUUACGAGCCGUUUUCAGCGAAGGUGAAGAGGGUUCUCUUGUCGUUCUUCAAACCGUUCCAGGGGAAGAGUGAAGAAGAGAAGGCACAGAAGGAUGCUGCUAAGGCACAGAAGAAGGCUGCUAAGUUACAGAAGAAGAGGGAGAAGCAGGCUAGAAAGGAAAGAGAGGAGCUUAUUGAAUCUUACAGGCAUUUUGAUGACUUAGUCGAUGAGUGA